CGAAUAUUUAAAACUUCAAUUGUGCUAAAUACGCAUAAGUUUUCGAUGUAUAGAUGCAGUAAUGUCCUUUUCGCUUGCACCAGCUGUAGCUGCGCCAAAAAGUAUACUAUCGUUUGAAUAUGUGUGUGUGUGGGCGUGUGCAUAACUUUUGCGGCAACCACUUGUGAAUAUCGAAAUAUUGUAUGUAUUUUCAAGGCAAAUAGCGCAUAACACAACAAAUAUUGUUGAAAAUAACCCAACAACAAUAACAAUUAUCGCAAGACACUGCACGCAAAAGCAAUCAUACGCAGUGGUGUGUGCAGCAACAACAACUACAAUAGAGGCGAGGUCGCAACUGACAACAGUUAACAGUGACACAUUGUAGCACAGCAGCAACAACAGCAACAACAAUAACAAUAGGUAAUAGUACAACUCUCGUCUCCGCCAACGCACCAACAGGCUGUCGCCGUUACCAUCACUCGUGCCGCCGCCGCUUAUUUACACUGCAGGAAAUGGAUUUCCACAGCCACAACAACACAGGCGGAAAUAAGUUUGUCUGCCCCAGCGACAGGCAACUGGCAUUGAGAGCAAAAUUACGUGCCGGUUGGAGCAGCUCGAAAAGUAACGAGCCCUUGCGGCCUGAUGAACAGGCUGCCAUCAUCUCGGUCAUCCGCCGCAAUGAGGAGAUAGAGAUUGCUGAGCGUCAGCGCGUCGGACGUCUGGUGGAUCGUGUGGAGAAGAUAAAACAGCGCGCCGUGGAACGCGGUCCGAAUUGUUGCCGACUAUGUGGCGACACUUUCGGACUGCUGCGUUCGACGCGCAUCAUUUGCGAGGAUUGCAAGAAGUUUGUGUGUACCAAGUGUAGCGUGGACAUUAAUAUACGCUACCACACCACUGAUCGUACGCGCGAAAUUUGGUUGUGUCGCAUCUGCUCGGAAACGCGUGAAAUGUGGAAGAAAUCGGGUGCGUGGUUUUUCAAAGGGCUUCCAAACUAUGACGCACCCAGCAGCACUAGUUCAACGCCCACACGCCAAACAGCGACUGGCGGCGCUAUGUCUGAUGUGCUACUGCCACCGCGUGGCGCACAAAGUUGUAACAAUACACCCACGCGCAAUGUGCGCGUAAAGAAGCUCACAAUACACGUUGACGACAGCAGUAGUUCGGAAGAAGACGCCAACUGCGGCGGCGGUGGUGGUGGUGAUGUUGUGGACGGCGCCAUAAGCACUGUAUGCGCUGCAGCGUCAUCGGCAGCAGCAAGCGUACCCAAUAGAAAUGCUGUGAAUACUGAUGUGUCACCGCCGGCAACACGCAUGCAGCGUGAGGAUAGCUUUCGACUGCGCACUUUCGGUUCUAUACGCAGCUUUAUUGAUAGCGGCGAGCGCAAACUUUCUAAUUCCUUCUUUGCCAAUCGUCAAGCGGCCAGAUCAGAGUACAGUCAGCCGGAAUAUGAUAGUAUAUCAACUGCAUCGACUGUCACUUCGGUGAACAAUAGACGUGAAAGCAACAGUAAUUACACACGCCGCAGUUCAGUCUCAUCGUCAUGGUCGAUUAGUGAAGAGAGCUCGUCGGGCAACUCGGCUGCCACGAGCAGUCAAGUGCACAGUCACAAUCAGGUGAAUUUACACUGCCGCGAGUUGCUUGGCUGGCUAGAGGUAGCAGUUAACUAUCGUGAGAGCGUACACAGUUUGGACUGUAUAAUGGUAAGGGCGCGCGACUUGCCCGCCAUGGAUGCGGCUGGUUUGACGGAUCCCUUUUGCAAGUUGAACAUUGUGACGCCAGAGGGUACGACCAAAUACACACGUUGGCUACGCACGAAAACAGUGCAUAAGACGCGCAAUCCGGAAUUCAAUGAGACGUUGCAAUUUGUAGGUGUCGAACCGGAAGAGUUGGUUAAUUCGUCGCUGUACGUAGCGAUCUUUGAUGACGAUAAGUAUGGCUUUGAUUACUUGGGAGGGGCUAAAAUUGCGCUAUCGGCGGUGCACAAUACCAAUCAGUAUCGAAUUUCUGUGCCGCUGGGCGGUGAAGAUCAAUAUAGCAAUGAGGCUGAAAUGUCACAGGAAUGGCCACAUGGAAAAAUUUUGAUUUCACUCUGCUAUAAUACUAAGCGACGGGCGUUGGUAGUAAACGUGAAGCAGUGCAUCAAUUUGAUACCAAUGGACAACAACGGCAGCUCGGAUCCAUUUGUUAAGCUACAAUUAAAACCUGAUUUACAUAAAAAUAAAAAAUAUAAAACAGGUGUCAAAUGGCGCACACUGAAUCCGAUAUAUCGUGAAGAGUUCUAUUUCGAAUCGAGUCCACAUGAUUUGAAUAAGCAAACAUUGAUUAUUACCGUUUGGGACAAGGACAUUGGCAAAAGUAAUGACUUUCUGGGCAGCUUGAUAAUCGGUUACAAUAGCAAGGGUGAGCGCUUACAACAGUGGCUGGAUUGCAUAAAAUUGCCGGAUCAUUUUCAUGAGAAAUGGCACUGUCUAUCAGGUGAACAUCCAACGCAUUAGACAAAUGGCGGAGUAAAAUUGAAAAUUAAUAGGAACAAGUAUGCGCAGACUAAAAAAAAUU